AUGCAGAAUCCACCAUCUACCACAAGUGAUGGUAACACUGAUGAUCAACAACAACCUCAACAACCAUCAGUCAUAGCAACAGAACCACAACAACAACAACCACAACCACAACAGUCAACUUCCACUGAAGAGCAGACUACUCCAACGACAACAACAACAACAGCAUCACCAACUUCACCAACAACACCAACUUCGCCAACAACAACAACACCAGCAGAGAGAUGUUGUCAUGAUCAUCCAAAGCAGACUUAUGUUGGAUAUUGUAAGGAUUGUAUUAAGCCAAUAUGUCAAUUAUGUUUGGCAACGGAGCAUAAACAACAUACAACAUUCGAUGAGGUAUCAUUGGAUCAAUUCAGUGAUAUGGUGUCAUUGUUCAACACGGCCAACAAUGACAAUCUGGCAUUGAGGGAGGAGCGCGCACACCUCCAAAAGAUGCUCAACAACCUGGAGGACAACACAAAGAACUGUCGAUCGGCCAUCGUCGAGCACUUCAAGGACCUCCAAUUCCUUAUAAAGCACCGCGAGAUGACUCUGGACAAGGAGAUCACCAACGAGUACGAGCUGUCCAAGGCCGAGCUGCUCAAGCGCAUCACCCUGCUGGACCGCGACAUCUCCAACGUGGAGCCACACAUUGAGAAUGCCAAGACCUACCAGAAGAGCACCCCAGGCGAGCUGCACCGCACCAAGAAGUUCGAGGUCAUUGAGAACUACUCCAACCUGAAGCGUGCCAACUGGAAUGAGCAUCUGCAGGACGCCACCGAGCUGACGGUCAACUUUGAUGUGGACAUGAGCGUCGAUGUGCGCAAGCAACUGAUGGAGCGUGUACAGACGAUUGGCUCGGUCAAGAAGGUCAAGAAGACGACGGCCUUGGUGGCCGCCCAGCAGGUGCCAUCGCAGACGUCGACACCAGCCACCUCGCCAACUCUCACCACACAGCAGCAGAACAAGGAGCACAGCCCGUCGAGCAUCUCGGACAAGUCCAAGAAGGAUAGCAAGCUGUCGUUGAUCAACAAUCCAUCGUCCAACGAGGGCAUCAAGUACUUCUAUUCGAUCGGAGGCUGGAAUGAGAAUGGCAUGGACCUGUCCACUGUGUUCAAGUACGACGUGGAGAAGAACGACUGGAAGGCGCUCAAGAGCACGGCCACCGAAGGCCUGCCCUUUGUAUCAUCGUCGUGUGUUGCCGAUGGCAAGUACAUCUAUGUGUUUGGAGGCAACUACAGCAUCACAACAUUCCGCCGCUUCAACUUGGCCAAGCAACAAUGGGAGAAGUCCACAGAGAAGCUCAACAGGGGAGGCGGUGGCAUUGGUGCCACCUACGACGGCAAGAAGUACAUCUACCUGUUUGGAGGCAAGGUGCACGAGGACACCAAGCAGUACCACCAGAUCGUGCACCGCAACGAGCGCUACAACACCUCGAACAAGCAGUUUGAGCCGCUCUCGCCAAUGCUCAAGCACAAGUACACCGUGUUCCCCUGCUACGACGGCCGCUACAUCUACCUGGUCGGUGGCAUGAUGGUCAAUGGCCGCGCCAGCAAGGAGAUCGAGUGCUACGACACGCUAGAGAACAAGAGCACACUGUACUCGUCGCUGGGCACGGGUGGACUGGUUCAGGGUGCGGUGAUCGAUGGCAAGGCCGAGUCCAUCUACUACAUCACUCAAACAGUGUUUAGACGCUUCCACAUUGACACCAAGAAGUUUGAGAACCUUGACUACCCGCCACUGACCAACACCACCUGUCGUCCCACACUGAUCUACGACUCCAAGACACGUAUCUUCCUCUUUGAUCAGAACGACAACUAUGUCUUUGACAUCCCCACCUCCCGCUGGACCAAGUUCACCUACACCAGGAAGUAUCCACUUUGUGGUCAAGGUAUUGUUGGAUCAAUGUUUUAA